CAACCGAACAACAUGGGUUAAGACGCAUCCGCCCCGAGCAACCAGCUGCCCAAAAACUAUGCCUCGUUUAGUCGUAUCGGUUCAAUCUGGUCAAUGCCCAAAACUCCAAAACCACGAACGGCAGCAGCGACAACUCGAUCGACGGCACGCAUCGGUUGUCGUUUGUGGUGCAGAAAAUGUUCGGCACCGUGCUGGUCAUCGAGGAGUGGUCCUCGUCGUUGAGUCUUCAGGCAAAGAUGAGCGUGCUGUGUCGGUUCGCGUUGAGAAAGGUCAAUGGCAUCAUCUGUACGGACACUCUGGGUUGCAGUAUUGACGACAUCGACGUGGUAAUUUCGUACGAAAUCGACCGGAUCGGGUGAAUGAGUGCUGAAAACCGGGUACCUUCAUCACGAUGCUGAUCGACUAGAAGCAAAACGAAGUUCCAGUUGACCCUGGUCGAGGCCGGCAGGCAGCCUCUGGAGCCGAUCGAAAUCCAUUCGAACGCCGAGGAGGAAUACGCCGUGAUGUACUCGGCGGUGCUGAAUGACCUGUGUGAAGGGUGCGAAGCCCUGGAUCUAGAAAAGCAACCGAUCAAGAAGAUUCGCAGCGAAAUGUCGAUCCCUAGCAUGACCAAGAUGAACCUGCUUAGCAAGCUGAAGGAUCGCGUCGACAUUGAUCUGAAAGUGAUAU